GCUUGUCUGGGUGUGUGUAGUUCCGGCUGAAGCGGACAUUUUGUCAAUUGAGAGUGGAUAGACACCAGAGUUGGGGAUUGGGGAUAGGGCUUUCCAGCCACAUUUUAUUUCCCCGGUUUGAUUUUGAAGAACCGGAGCGUAUCAACUAGUUAUACUGCUGUUAAAUAGAUGGUAAAUAGUUGAAGUAAAGUUAAUUGCACUUUUGUUAACGUUGACAAGGCGUCAAAAAGACAUUGUCAUUUAGUGUGAUAUACUCAAAACUCAACUGGCUAGCUCUGAUAAGCUAGCAGCAUUUAUCGACGUGAGCUUCUUCUUUACUAAUUGACAUAAAGAAUGGCAUUGAAACGAAUUCACAAGGAGCUGAAUGACCUGGCCCGUGACCCACCUGCGCAGUGUUCAGCUGGACCAGUAGGAGAUGACAUGUUUCAUUGGCAAGCUACUAUUAUGGGGCCAAAUGACAGUCCAUAUCAGGGGGGUGUAUUUUUCUUGACAAUUCAUUUUCCCACAGACUACCCUUUUAAACCACCAAGGGUUGCAUUCACCACAAGAAUCUAUCACCCCAAUAUUAACAGUAAUGGCAGCAUCUGCCUGGACAUUUUAAGAUCCCAGUGGUCACCGGCAUUAACUAUCUCUAAAGUUCUUUUGUCCAUUUGUUCUCUCUUAUGUGACCCGAACCCCGACGACCCUUUAGUGCCAGAGAUCGCACGCAUCUACAAAACAGAUAGUGAAAAGUAUAAUAGACUAGCGAGAGAAUGGACGGAGAAGUAUGCCAUGCUGUAGGGCUGAGGUACAGCAGAAUAGCCCGGGAAUGGACUCAGAAGUACGCCAUGUGAUGCCCGGUUAUAAACAGGCCCCGCCCUCUCUACUUUUGCCAUCUGUACCUCCCACCCCACCCCCCAAUUUACUUCCCUUAUGUGAUAUUCUUUAUAUUUUCAUUUUCCUCACACAAGAUGAAAAAUAUGGAAUUGCUUUUUUUUAAGUCAUCAUGUGGGGAUGAUCUUGCAAUCAGCACUUCCCCCCCCCCCCCCCCCCCCUUUCCCCUUCAGUUUUUGUCGAAGACGCCCUACGGGACUGAGCUAUCCACGAAGCAUGUUUGUGUAUCAGGCCUCAGCCACUUUUUAUGGAAACUUAAGAAAAUAAUGUAGAAAUCUUACAAAGACAGCGGCAGCAAAACCGAAAGAAACGCAGGAAGAAAAGACCUUCCAACCAGACCUUCCGCAGCUGGGAUCUACACAAGGUGCAAUGCCUGACCUGCACCACUCUUUCUCAUGUUGCCCUACCUGUUCCGUGUGGAACAACCUCUGGGUUGGUGCUCAAGUAUUAUAAUUUUGUGAGCUUUCUACUUUAAAAAAACAAAAAAAAAUCAUGAACGAUAAACUGAUCUGUGAAAUAAAAAAACAAAUCUCGCUCAUAACUGACUGUUUCUAAAGCAAACAAGAGCUGCUCGUCUUAUAUCAGCAGUAAAGGAUAAGGAAAAAAAAGAUCUAUAUAUUUUAUGCAUGUAAAUUAAAAGUUAAAAGGAAAAAAACCAAGAUGGUUGUAUGUUCUGCUGAAAAGUAAUGGGCGCAGACGGGAGAGUGGGGGAAACCUUCACUUGUAUUGUUCCUCUUGUUACUGUCUCGCCCGUCACCUCUCGUGGUGUUUUUGUUUCCUAAUGUUUUAAAGUCCUAGGAGCUCUUAGUUCAUCUGUCCUCCUCAACACUGUCCUCUUUGCACUGAAUAGUCCAUUUAAAAAAAAAAAAAUAUUUGGGACGACUGAUCAACUAAUAGCUCUUCAUUAUGGUUUUAUUUUUUUCUCAAUAAAGUUGCUUAAAAAGUGAACAAAA